CUCCGCUCGGUGGCGAUCAGCUCGGCUCCUCUCUGAGACCAUCCCCUACAGCAGCGAGAAGAAGCGAGUCCUGUCGAUGACCAGCGACGUUCCUGCACUGGCAUUAAAAUGCCCCUGACAGCGCUUCCCUUGGUGAUCUUUCUGAGUCUUUCCGAAGUUACAGGACAUCUCUGCAGAAGCCCAUUACCUGCACCAAGUAAUGUGCACUUCUGGUCAGUCAAUCUGCAGAACGUUGUGCUCUGGGAGCUGCCUAGAGAGAAAAGAUGCAAGAUAUUGUUCAGUGUACAGUAUAAAAUAUAUGGAGAAAAAGAUUGGAAGAACAAAAAGGAAUGCCAGAACAUUACCAAAACAUACUGUGAUGUUUCAAAUGAGACAGCUGACAGUGAAGAAUAUUACUAUGCCAGAGUAAGAUCUAUUUCAAGAGCAGGAUUGUCAGAUUGGAAUAAAAGUGGAAGAUUCAAUCCAAAGGUGGAAACAAACAUCAGCUCUCCAAAAGUAGAAGUAAAAGCUGGGGUCUGUUCCAUCUCCAUUACUUUGACGGUUCCCAAAAAGUGGAAGACAAACAAUGAGCCUCGAGCUAUUUCACUGGCUAAAAUUUUUCCUGACUUAAAAUACAAUUUGACUGUUACCAAUAGAAAAACAAAUAAGUCGCUCAUUUUCCCUGACAGUGGUAAAUUCAAAAAAGUGGAUACCCUGGAGCAUGAUACCACAUAUUGUGUGACAGCUCAAACAGUGGAAUAUUCCUUUCACAGAAUAAGUGAACCAUCUGAGACUGUUUGUGCAACAACUCCAAAAGAUCCUGUGAAACAAAUUAUCAAAAUGAUCCUGCUUGGAUGUGUUCUACCAAUCUUUGCUUUCAUUUUUCUGUUCACGUUACUGGGCUGUUUCAUGUACAAAUAUGUGUACACCAGUGACCAGAAGCAACCUGUAAAUCUGCUACCACAGUAUCGGCCAUCAAAGGCAUUCAUAUUUAUCCCACCUGAGCCUCUGAAGGUUAACGUUAUGGUUUUAGAAAAUACAGAUAAAAAAGCAUUGUCAAAUGGUUGCAUAGCUGCUGACAAAGGUGAUGCUCCUUUAACCUCCCUAGUCAGAAGCAAGUCUGCCAAAGAAUGGAAUGGCCUACCUUUGUUAAUAAGCAACAGCAAGGUUGUAUACAUGCCUCAGGGUGUAGAAAAGCCAACAACAAAAGAGUGUGCAAGUAGCAGUGAGAAUGUUGUGCAGGUUUCCUGUCAACCCCAACCAAAUAAUCACGGAGUUCAGUCCCAUCCCUCAAAUGGAAGGGAGACACAGAAUGUUGUUCAAUAUGGAAUCGUAAUGGAGAACCUGAUUCAGCCUCAGCAGAAGCUAGACAUCCAGCUGCCAAGUGUGAAGUGUACAGAACUGCCACACGUUGGGUACAAAUCACAACUCCCAACACAGCCUCUGGACAGAAAUGCUACACAGCACAGUAUUGAUUAUAGUUUCAUUGGAGCAGAUUCCACUCGUGAUUCAUAUUGUAAGCAAGUUUUCCACAGUCCCGAUGGGGAGGUUGAUGAACCACAGCAGACUAUCUACACAUACUGUUCACAGGCAAGGGGUAAGAACACACAAACUAUAAUGAGUGAUACCAAUUGCAACAGAGUUGGAUCAUAUGGACCUAUUUGUCCACAACAUGAUAUGCUUUACCUGCCAACGAUGCACCAGGAACUAGAACAGUGUGAUUAUAAGUCACAAAUUCAAACACAGCUAUUAACUGGAAAUGGUGAUGAUGACCAUUGUUCUAGUACACUAGGUAGUAACUUCCACUUACUGAAUGAAGAACAGCAUGAUGAAGUUGAGGAGCCAGAUACAACAAUAUUAGAUUGGGAUAUCAAUACUGGAAGGUUGACCAUAUCAGAUUCAGAGAACAGUAUUUUUCUGAAACAUACUGCAGAGCCAGAGACUGAUCUUUUUUCUUCACUAUGUACCAAAGAUCUUUCAGAUGAGCCAAUAGUGACUGAAGAAGAGAAUUACUUAUCGCAGUUCCAAAAACAAUGGAAACUGCGUCUACAGGCAUAGCAAACGGUAAUCCUUUAUCACUGGAAACAUAUAUAGAGGAGCCAGAGGAACCGGUAUUCAAUUAUCCGGAUAUUGGAUUUUCCACCAAGAUCGCAAGAUCCCGAUGCUUGGCUAAACUAUGUUAUCUGGCAUUCAAUUAUCCAGAACUUGAUUAACCAAAUGAAAUACUUCUUGCUCGUGUCCUUCGGAUAAUCGAGGUUCCUCUGUACCAUGUGUAUUUUCAUUAAGAUAUCAACUUGGGUGCUUCCACUUCUGCCUUUUUCUGUGUUCUCUCUCAUCAGGUCAUGCAGCUUCUCUGGCUGAGAAAUUAGAAAGAGAACCUGUCCUGUGGUGUUUUUCUAUGCCUCCCAUGAGCUGAACAUGUGGAUGCACCCUAGUUAACAUCACAACUCAAGAAUUGAAGGCUCAACUGACAAUACUGUUAUCCUGAAUCCUCCAUCAAAAUGCUCCCUAAAACCUAUUACUUUGACCCAGACAUCUGUCCGAAUAUAUCUUUUAUGGGUUUUUCAUUGAGUUUUAUUUUGCAAUGUGCUGGUGAAGUGCUUUCAGACCUUUUACUCUGUUAAAGCUGCUAUAAAAAUAUAAGCUGUUACUGAUGCUAACAACAGAGAUGCAACAUAAACAGCCAAAUCAUGAUCACCAUUGAAUUGCAGAAAUUAUUAGGACUCUUUUUCAUAAAGUUUGUAACAUAAUGGGUUUGUUUGCAUAUUUUAAAAAUUAAUUUUAGAAACAUUCUCCCCUCAUGCUUCCAAUUUAACAUUAGCCCAGGAUGCAAUGCAAGUUUAUGUAGCCAUUACCUCUUGUCUUAAUGCCAUUGUCUAAAAUAGCAGCUUCAGCAGCAGUAGAGGCUGGGUGUCAUCACCAAAUUUAUUGUAACUGCAGCAACUACCUCCAUAGUUCAGUGCAAAGUAUCGAUAUUGGCAAUACCACGCUAAUCCUAAGGCAGAGUUUUGUAGCUGGCCCAUGGACAUGGCAAGAUCAUGCAGUCCACUGGAAUCAGAAAAUAGCCAUGCAGAAAGUCAGGCAAACAGCCUUUCUAGCAUCCAACAAGUAUUAAUGUGACAUAAAGAACUGAAUAAGCAGGAUAAAUUAAUUCAACAAUUCAUACGAAAUAGCAUUGCUAGCAAAUGUGGAGAUACGUGGUUUGACAUUUUGCCCUUUCACCUCUGGACUUAAAUUCCAAUCCAAAACUGCAUUUCUGAAUUUGUUGAGUGCAAUGUUUAGAAUCAUGUCCUUUGAGGUCAUUGGUGCACAACUCCCUAGUAUGAAAUGGUCAGUAACUUGAUUACCUUACUUGGACAAUCUGUACAUUGACAACAAUACAAGUUGCUAUUCUAAAAUUGUAAGACUAUUUGGUGUCUGACCUUUACCUGCUGGUCACUGAUCAGUGCUGAGAGUGGGAGUGAGUGACAAAAAUGAGAGAAUACUCAACACACUGAAUGCCAAGAUUCAAGCAAAAGAGCUUACAUUUAUAUAUUACCUUGUACCAUCUCAACAUGUCUCAAAUCACUUUACAAGCAAUGAAGUACUUUUGAAUGUAUGGUAACAUAGGAGAUGUGACAGUCCAUUUGUGCACAGUAAGUUCCCGCAAUAAAUGUAAUCAUGACCAGAUAAUUAAUUUUUGUGAAGAACAAUCAGAGUUAAUGUUUCAGUCUGCUGACCCUUCCUCAGAACUGAUGAUACCUCAGAAAAUGUUAGCUUACAACAGAAAUCCUGUCAGAGAGUGGAGUAGGACUUCUUCAAGGUGGGCAUACCUAGAAGAGAUGUAGCAAUACGAUAGAUAUCAAAUCAAAACAGAAAGAACUGCUGAUGCUGCAUCCGCAGCUCUUUUGGUUCAAAUUAUUUUUGUGAUUGCUUGGGUCUGUCACAAUCUUACACCAGUGAUUUACUCUGUAACUGGGCUAAGCUGUUCCCUAUUCUCCAAAAGGGUGUUAAAGUUUGAUGGGAAGUCGUCUUUCUAAUUCAAAAGGUAAAUAUCAAUUGAGGCUUAAGGGAGGUGUUGAGAAGAGAGCAAAAAUGGAAAUUGCUGGACAAACUCAGCAGGUCUGGCAGCAUCUGUCGGGAGAAAUCAGAGUUAAUAUUUUGAGUCCAGUGAACUUUCUCCAGAGCUGAUAGUAGCUAGAAAAAGGAGGUAUUUAUGCUGAUGACAAGGGGUGGGAGAAAAGUCAGCAGAUAAACAGAAAUAGAGUUGGAGAGAAAGAAAAAGAGUGUGAGAGAGAGAAAAGAAAAGUCAGUUAGGCACACAAAGAGACAAUGAGCCAGGAAAGGAGAAAAGCUGACAAGGGGGACAAUGAAUAGGUGAGAAUGGGUUGACUGUGCUGAAAACAGCCAUGUUAUGGCAGGGUCUAUGGUAUGGCGUUCAGUAAAGGACAUGGAAGAAGGUGUUCAGGGUUGGGAAGACAACCUGACAUCUGGUAAUGGGAUCCUCAGAAGCACGACUGCCCACCUAGCUCUGAAUUCUUAAGGAAACUACUUCCUCCUCUCCCCUCAGGGUGGUCUGUCUGCACGUGGUGGGUACUUCUGUGAGCCACUGCUGGGAGUGAUUUAAACAGUUCCCAUUCACGGGAUGUAGGAUGGGGCAAGGUUGUGGGAGAUUCAAGGUGCAGAUCAGUGGCAGCUAAUCAUUCUUACCUGCUGUUCUUUUGGCAGAAACAACUCCUUAAGAACUAUCACAAGGAUGUUGUAAAACUUGAGAGGGUUCAGAAAAGAUUUACAACGAUGUUGGCAGGAUUGGAGGAUUUGAGCUUUACGGGGAGGUUGGAUAGGCUGGGCCACUUUUCCAUGGAGCAUUGAAGACUGAGGGGUGGCCUGAUAGAGGUUUAUAAAAUCAUGAGAGGCAUGGAUAGGAUAAACAGACAAGGUCUUUUCCUGGGGUGGGGAGUCUAGAACUAGAGAGCGUAGGUUUAGGGUGAGAGGGGAAAGAUAUAAAAGGAACCCAAGGGGCAACUGUUUCACACAGAGGGUGGAAUGAGCUGCCAGAGGAAGUGGUAGAGGUUGGUACAGUUAUAACAUUUAAAAAGCAUCUGCUUGUAAAUAAAAGGAAAACAUUUCCUGUUUUUUUUUGCUUUACAAUGCUUUAACUGAAGCAUCAGAUUAGGUUCAGACAUCUGGUUGCUGCAAAGUGAUACACUGUCAAAAAAGAAUGAAAACUUAGAACUGUGAAAAAAAUAUUGCUUACAUGCAGAUUGCUUAAUGGAGAUUUUAUAGUCCAUAAUUCAGGUUUUUAAACUCAGCUGUGUUCUAUUUCUCCGCUAUGUUCUUGUAUUAAACAUCAAACUAUGUUGUA